CGUCCUAUCUGACAGAAAGAGAGAGGAAGAGCGAGAGAGAGAAGGAGAGAGGCAGAGUCUGCGGUGGUGGUGUUAGAAAUCGGACGACAUGAGCUCUACAUGAACCGCGUGAAAAUGCUUUAGGACGCGCGUUUGUCUUUCAUCAGCCUCACACAAGGACGAGCCUGAAGCGGACCUUUAUUCUUCACGAGCAGGUGUAACACUGUCUUUAGCCUGAAGGGGGCAGAAUGCCGGAACAGAGCAACGACUAUCGCGUGGUGGUGUUCGGCGCAGGCGGAGUAGGGAAGAGCUCCCUGGUCUUGCGCUUCGUGAAGGGCACCUUCAGGGACACCUACAUCCCCACCGUCGAGGACACCUACCGCCAGGUGAUCAGCUGCGACAAGAGCGUGUGCACGCUGCAGAUCACCGACACCACAGGGAGCCACCAGUUCCCGGCCAUGCAGCGCCUGUCCAUCUCUAAAGGCCACGCCUUCAUCCUGGUCUACUCCAUCACGAGCAAACAGUCGCUGGAGGAGCUCAAACCCAUUUACCAACAGGUCCUGGCCAUAAAGGGCAACGUGGAGGCCAUCCCCAUCAUGCUCGUGGGCAACAAGAGCGACGAGACACAGCGGGAGGUGGAGACCAAGGACGGGGAGGCUCAGGCAAACCAGUGGAAAUGCGCCUUUAUGGAGACAUCGGCCAAGACCAACCACAACGUUACCGAGCUCUUCCAGGAGCUCCUCAACCUGGACAAGAAGAGGAAUAUGAGUCUCAACAUCGACGGCAAGCGCUCAGGAAAGCAGUCCCGUGCCGAGAGACUGAAGGGCAAAUGCAGCGUGAUGUAAAAAUCCAGGAAUGGGGAGGUGACGGCGGAGGAGAUGGGUGAGGAAAUACAGAAGAAAGGGGGAGGAAAAAAGAGGAGAGAGGAGAGGAAAAUACAGACUCACUAAACACAUAACUCAGAGCAAAAACGUCUGGAAGGCAACCGGGAUCUCAUCAUCCACAACUUCUUCCAUUUGACUGGUGCGUUCAUUAAAUACCGGACACACACACUCACACACACUCACACACACACACCGAAAAUCCAGAAGAGAGUGUCACAGAAAUGAGAAUGCCCCGUGGAACGUCAGCCACCGUGGGGAAACGGUGUGGACUUUUGCAUCAUCCAAGUGCCACAAAACCUGGCUGAGGCUCUCGUCACAGACCUUGGACGGCAAUAAAGACCACAGACGACAGACAGCACCCACGGACAAAGGCUGAAGGCUUUUGGUCUCCACAAAACAUUCAGUGUCUCCUCUCACCUCUUUACACCCACUCACCCCUCCCUCCCGCUUCAGCUCACACCUAAAUUCCCCCGCCGCUCCAAACAGCCCUCAUCCUUUGCAUAGCUCCUAUUAUAACAACUAUAUAGAAAUGUGAUGUAUAAGUCAUCUUGAGUUAGAAACCCUAUUUUAAGAAACUGAAGUGUGGGCUUCAUGCUAGGGAGGACAAGUACCGGAAAGGUCUGAGGCUGCUGGUGUAAACAACAACAACAACAGCAGCAGCAGCAGCAGCAGCAGCGAAAACCACGCGAUCCACCGCAGAGCCACACUCGACGACUCUGGUGUAUAUAAACAUGGGAUAUUUCACUGAUUCCACAGAGUCCACACGUGCCCUACCCCAACUAUUGUAUCAGUCACAUAUGUUUUGAUGUGGGCUUUGAAGCAUAAGAGCUUAAGACAUUUUUCAUUCUCAUUUUCUCAACAUUUCUUAUAUUAAUUUCCCCUUUUUUCCCUUUUUUUUUGUUUUCAUUACAUCAAAAAUGUCCUCCGGGGUGGAGAAGCAUGAUACGACGCAGCAAUGCUCUCAAGUCUCUCAUCCCGUGUCGAAUAAUAACUCCGUUACGAAAGGACGCUGGACUCUCAUCAGAACUCAAAACAGAAACAAAAAAGAAAAACACGUCUGCCUUCUGGACGAUACACUUGGAUAAUCAUUGCCAAGCUGAGGAAAGUGAACUGUGCUGAUUUUCUGUUCUGUGUUUAAAAAAAAAAAAAAAGAAUGUCACGUUGCUUUUUGGCACUUUUCAUGUGAAGGUUUGUUUUUUGCCUUUUUUUGUUUCCCCUCCUUGCUUUUAAUGUUCUUUAAAUUCGCAUUAAGUCUAAUUUAACACCUUAAAGAAAAAAAGCACACGGAAAAAGAAGAGGAUGGAUGGGAUGGAUGUAAAAAAAAAUAAAUAAUGCAGAUUA